UUAAAAUAUAUAUUUAAUAUCUGUGUUGGUGCUCGUUCCUGAUUGAUGUCCAUUGUCGUUUAGAAAUAUGGACAACUUCUCCAUGAAGCUGGAUUUGUCAAACUUCUUUAAGGAUGAGCGUCGACAGUCCCUAGUUUUCAUUGAUCCGACUUGGCAAAACAUCAAGGAUCUGCAGGAUCACAUCCAAAAUCUUUUUAAGUUGAAGGACAUUAACUUGCUGACAACAGAUGGGUGCUUUCUGCCGCCCCGAGAAGCGAUCCAAGUACUUAAAGGAGCCCAGGGACUCAAGGCCUUUCGGUUCAGUGCUCCAGAGCAAAAUGACUUCGCCACCCCGGCUCCAGUGACCAAGCCCAGUAAGAAGCGCAAGUACACUUCAGCGGAGGAAGAAGUCGAGCUGCCCAGCUCCACUCCAAACCGUCCGUCCAAGCGUUCCAAAAAGAAGAGCUCGACAGUGCCCGAGAUUGCGGCUGUAACAUCUCCAGACCUGAGCAUUGGACCCUUCGAGUUCCCGCUGAGAACUUCACAAAAUAGCACAAAAUAUGACAAAUCAAAGGAGGAACCAUCUUUGAUUCCUGGUCAUAGCAGUUCCAAAACCAGUCGCACAAUUCGCAAUAAAUCGCUAGUAGUUUCAGCGGAGGAUCAACAGAUCUUAGGAGAAGAACCUGCGCCACAAAAUGAGGUUCCAGCUCGUCAGCCCAUCGUCUUCCGCUGUCCGCUUAUGGAGCUAGACUCCAAUACCACACGAACAUUCGAACUUCCAGCUAAGAAGAACAACGUUGUAAUAAUUGAGAAUAUUGAAAUUAAGCCGGCCAAUGGGAUUCAUUUAGAACCGGUGGCUACGAACAAGCCAGAAGAGGAAACAGCAGCCGACGUCAUUGAGGCGGAGCCAAUGGUGGCAGAUGAAGAAGCAUCUGAGCUCUUAGAGGAACAGCCAAAAGCAGAUAGUAACCAGCAGCAGGAUAUGGAGCCAGAAGAAACUGGCAAUCUCACCAAUGCCACUGAAGCCGAGACAUCUCAAAUUGAAGAGAAAGUUGAACCACAGGGCUUCCCACAAGGCUUUGUUGACGCUCCCGCUCCGGCUCGCUUUUGUGCAGAGAGCUUGUCCUCCGACUCCGAUGACGACGAUGUAAUGGUCUUGGAUGACACCAAUGUGGAUGAUUCCGACUCCGAUGUGCAGGCAGUGGCUCCCACUGAAGAAGCAAAAGAGGCACGUCCAUCGGACAUUAUUCGGGACAUGUUGCGGAGCUCAAUUCCAUUGGAAGACUUGCCGAGUCGGGGCGAUUCCAUACUCUUCAAAUUAUUAAAGGUCAAGGGGAAUCCGAGCUUAGGUAGCACCGAUUUCAUAGCUGGCAACUGCACCUACGUCAACCGCCGCAGCAAAGUCAUCACACUGGAAGUCAUUUCCUGCCCCUCCGAAUUUAGGCGCAUCCUGCGCCAAUACUCUAGCAGUCUGGACGAGUCCGGCGACGAGAUCAGAUGCCUAAAUGUAAACAUCAAGGACUUGAGGGAAACAAUGAUUAUCGUAGACACAAUUGACUGACUUGGCGUACAUAAUUUUUUGUUCUAUUUUCA